AUGGCUACCACCAACAGCGCUACUGUGAGUUUGAAGCUCCUGAUUGACACAAAAAGCAACAAAGUUCUGUUUGCUGAAGCAAGCAAGGAAGUUGUGGAUUUUCUCUUCACUCUUCUGUCCUUGCAUGUUGCAACUGUGACUAGGCUCCUCCUCUCUAAUGGUGUGCCAACAAUGACUCGAAUGCGCCUAAACUGUUCUACCUCUGCAAAUUGCAAGCGCCAUAUUUCUGAUAGUCCUGUAACAACUUGUCCAACGUGCAUUUCACUCAAAAUAUCCACCCAGGUGUUUUAUGUUGCUCCUCCACCAGAACCUACUGGAGUGACGUCUGGCAAUAUUAAGAGCGGAUACACGAUUGAUGCUUUUGAAGAGAAGGUGGUUGAUCUUGACAUUGAAGAGGGUUUGAAGUUGGUGAAGGCAUCAUUGGAGUCAAAAACCGCUCUUACAAAUGUUUUCCUUGGUAAUAAAGUGCAUGAAGGUUUCAACUUUGGUCCUCUAAAGAAAUUGAGCUUUUGGAGGCUCCUCUCAACUGAUGGUAUGGUUGGUUGCUUAGGCAACCUUUACCAGAGUGCCGAAAGUCUUAGUGUCAACUCAUACUUGCCACUCAAUCUUAAGGACACCCUGCUCAAACCCAAAACAACAAUUUCUGCGUCCAAUAUCCUUCAAUUGCCAUUGCCGACCAACAAUGACUCGAAUCUUUCUAAAUUGUUCUACAUUUGUGUGAGGUGCAGUAACCGUAUUUCUGAGAGCUAUGGAAUCCCUUGUCCACAGUGCAGAUCAUGUAACAUUUCCACCCCGGUGUCUUAUGUUUCUCCAUCUGCUCCUACUGGAGCAACCUCCAGCAAUAUUAAGGCAGGCUAUGUCAAGGGUGGUGUUAUUUACAUGAUAAUGGAUAAUUUGGAUGUGAAGCCAAUGACCACCGAAUCAAGUGUUGCAGUGCUUCAAAAGUUUAAUGUGAAAGGGAUUGAUGCUCUUCAAGUUAAGGAGGUUGAUCUUGGCAUGCAAGAGGGUUUGAAGUUGGUGAAGGCAUCGUUGGAGUCAAAUACAGCUCUUACCAAUGUCUUCCUUGGAAAGAAACUGCACAAACUUUUCAACUUUGGUCCUCUAGCGACAUUGAGCUUUCGGGGUUUCAUUUUGGUUUGUGGAUUGGGAUUUCUAUUCUAUUACUUUGGAUCAUGUAAACUUUGGUCCAUUGAUUCUAUUGGUUUCAUUCAUUAUAUCUCAAGAAAACUCAUCCGCCAUCGCAACAAUCAUUCAGCUUUAUCGUUGAUCCAGAACAAAUAA